AUGUCUUCCGCCGAGCAGACCUUCAUCGCCAUCAAGCCUGACGGCGUCCAGCGUGGCCUUGUUGGCCCCAUCAUCUCUCGCUUCGAGAGCCGCGGCUUCAAGCUCGCUGCCAUCAAGCUUGUCUCCCCCUCCAAGGAGCACCUUGAGCAGCACUACGCCGACCUCAAGGACAAGGCCUUCUUCCCCGGCCUGAUCAGCUACAUGCUCAGCGGCCCCAUCUGCGCCAUGGUCUGGGAGGGCCGUGACGCCGUCAAGACCGGCCGCUCCAUCCUCGGCGCUACCAACCCCCUCGCCUCCUCCCCCGGCACCAUCCGUGGCGACUACGCCAUCGAUGUCGGCCGCAACGUCUGCCACGGCUCCGACUCUGUCGAGAACGCCAAGAAGGAGAUUGCCCUGUGGUUCAAGGAGGGUGACCUCGUUGAGUGGAAGUCCGCUGCCUUCGACUGGAUCUACGAGAAGGCUUAA